AUGUCCCAGGCUGGUGGCAGUGCCUGUGCAGAGGACACGUGGCCAGACGCCGAGACCCACUCCAGUACCCUGAGCCGAGGCAGCCACAGGAUUGACUGCAUCAUCUGCUACUCCUCCUACGACCUGUGCAGCCGGCUGCCACGCCGGCUGUACUGCGGCCAUACCUUCUGCCAGGCUUGCCUCAAACGCCUUGAUGCCAUCACCAAUGAACAGCGUUGGAUCCCCUGCCCGCAGUGCCGCCAAAACACGCCCACACCGCGCGGCGGUGUGGCAAUGCUUGACCUGGACCUGGCCACUUUCCUUGCUGUUAAGGCUGACAAGGAGCAUCCCCGGGUGGCUAGCAGGCCCGAGCCUGACUUGGCCACCAAAGGGUCAUGCAAAGAGAAGGUGGUCACCCAGCAGCCUUCGGGGCUGUGCCAAGACCCAGUGCCCCAGGCGCCAUUCCUUCGAAGCGGCUGCUGCCGGCGAUGCCUUUGCUGUGGGGUAACAGCUGCCUUUGAGAGCUGA